GUCAAGAAUGCGGGCUGGGAUUUCUUUAAGCUCGACGCUGAAUUUAAGCACAUGCUGGUGCCAAAUGACAAUUGGACUCUAUGCUCUAUGAAUGAGAAAUACGAACUGUGCGACACGUAUCCGCGACAGAUCUAUGUGCCCAAAGAAGCCACCACAUUGAUGCUCAUCAGCAGCUCGCGUUUUCGCUCCAAGGGCCGCUUGCCUGCUUUGACUUAUUUGCACAACAAUAAGGCAUCCAUAUGUCGCUGCAGCCAGCCACUGUCGGGAUUCAGUGCUCGUUGUCUGGAAGAUGAGCAGAUGCUGGAGGCCAUUCGCAAGACAAACACAAACACCGACUACAUGUAUGUGGUGGAUACCCGGCCACGCAUCAAUGCCAUGGCGAAUCGUGCCGCGGGCAAAGGCUACGAGAACGAGGUUUAUGAGAACAUCAAAUUCCAUUUCCUUGGCAUUGAGAACAUUCAUGUUCAGCGCGCCAGCCUGCAAAAGGUGCUGGAGGCUUGUGAACAGAAAUCGCCCACGAUGAGUGCUUUCCUCAAUGCCCUGGAGUCAUCCGGCUGGCUCAAACACAUUCGCUCCAUAUUGGACACGUCGAGCUUUAUUGCCAAUGCUGUGGAUAAAGGCGUCUCGGUGGUUGUGCACUGCUCCGAUGGCUGGGAUCGCACCGCCCAAGUUUGUUCGCUGGCACAGCUCAUGCUGAAUCCGUACUAUCGCACAAUUAAAGGCUUUCAGGCGCUCAUCGAGAAGGAUUGGUUGGCCUUUGGCCACAAGUUCAGCGAACGCUGUGGCCACAUUCAGACGGAUGCGCGUGAAGUUUCGCCGAUAUUCACACAGUUCCUUGACUGCACCUGGCAACUGAUGUCACAGCGCAGCGAGUCCUUUGAAUUCAAUGAACGUUUCCUGCUCAUACUGCAUGAUCACGUGCAUUCGUGUCAGUUUGGCACUUUCGUGGGUAACUGUGAAAAGGAUCGUCUCGAUCUGAAGCUGGCUGAGCGCACAUUCUCGCUGUGGGGCUAUAUGUCUAAUCACUUGAAUGAGUAUAUCAAUCCGCUGUACAAACCCAACGUUGAUGAGUCUAUCAAGGCCAAUCUGGCGCCGCAAUGCAUCAAAUUCUGGCGUGGCAUGUAUAGUCGAUUUGAGAGCGGCAUUCAUCCACGGGAACCAUUGGGUGAUUUACUACUGGACAGCAAGGAGCACAGCAACUCUCUAGAGGAUCAUGUGCAGCACCUGACAAAGCGUAUUGCAAGCUUCAAGAAUUACAUUUCCAAAUCGGCCAAGAAGCUGCAAGAUGCCACUACAGCUAAUCCCAAAGCAAGCAAGGAGCCUGCCUCUAACGAAAUCAAUGACAACAAAUACAACUACGACAAGAAGCUAAGCGAAUUGUCAGCAGCUGACGAUGAUCAUCCGCUAAAGGCGACCAAUAUGUCGUUUGCCAAUCUGUCGCUUAAUGCCGAGCAAACGAGCCCGCAAGCUUUGACCGAAGAGAUCUCCUCCGUUGCGGUCGAUUGGAAACCCAUGCGUAAUGUGACCUCCUGCUCCUGUUCCACGCCCUUCGAUCAAUUCAGCAAAAAGACCCAUUGCUUUCGCUGUGGCGAUAUCUUCUGUGAGCGCUGCAUUGACAAGAACGUUGCACUACCCGGACAUGAUAGUGGCAAGGCGGUUCCCGUGUGCCGUGGCUGCUUCCGACAGAUGCAAAAGCAAAGUCCAUAAGCCCAAUUCUAAUAGUAUAAUCCUAGCUGUAAAUUGUUGAACAUAUGACAUGGAGUGAAUGAAGUGAAGCAUAGCGAGAGAGGAAGUGAAAGUGAGAGUGCGAUCAGAUUUGUUUUUGGGUGUGUUCCUGUGGCAUGAAAUACAUAUAUAACAUACAGAUAUGCAUAUAUAUACAUAUAUAUUAUAAUAUAUUACAUUUAUUGUUGCAUUUGUAGUUGUAGCUGCUUAAAAGCACACUCGACCCAUCCCAACUAAGUUCUGUGUGCAUUAAUGAACGCCUCUGUUGGCUUCCAUUGACACUGACAUGACCCACAACUGGUCCUAGUUAUAUGCAUAAGUCGGGCACAAAACUAUAAUUUUAAUUUUGUUAUUUUACAUUCUUCAAACGUUAUACAAAUGUACCAAAUUCCAAUACUGUUUCCAAUAUGAUUGGACCUGCAACUUUUAAAUUGAUUUUGAAUAGAGUUAGACUCGAAUACAUUAGAAAAUGAGAAUAAAAACCUUAAUUUCCGAAAAUGAUUUCCUACUGUUAGCCAUUCCAUAUUUAAAUGUGCUUUGUAAUUGUAAUUUUGUCGAUUUUAAAACCGAUUUUGGAACAGCUAGCUCUCUUGCCUUUCUACUUCUACACACACAUAAAAGAGUACAACAGCAUACAUAUUUUUAAUGUUUACUUGUAUAACAUAUUCCACUAGUAAAAAGAAUGCAUGGAAAAAGCA